AUGGACUUUGAGGCAGUAUUCUUUUCACGGCUUCAUUUCUUAGAAAAAGAAAUUCGAGUGCAUAAUUCCAGCUUAGAAUUUAUUUGGAAUACUUCUGAUGAUCUUAAAAAAAAUAUUUUUACUAGUAUAUUUUAUGGGGAUAGUUAUGGUCCACCACCAGGUUUUUGCUUCGAUGGAGAAUGUUUAGAUGAACCGAUCAUGGAUAAUAAUUACUUAGAGGAAUACAACGUUGAUCAACGAGCCGAAGAAUUUAUAGCUUUUGCUAAAGAACAGGCAUCUCAUCAACGAACUAAUCACGUAAUGUUUUUAAUGGGUGGCGAUUUUCAGUACACGUCAGCAAAUCGUUGGUAUACAAAUCUUGAUAAAUUAAUCAAAUUUAUUAGUAAAAAUCAGACUUUAAGUACAAAAGUAAAUAUAUUCUACUCUACGCCAACGUGUUAUUUAUUGGCUGUGAAAGAAUGUAAUCCAAAAUUACCGACUAGAUCAGAUGAUUUCUUCCCUUAUGCAUCUUCUAAUCAUAGUUUCUGGACAGGAUUCUACACAAGCAGACCUACUUUUAAAGGUUUCGUUCGACAAAGUAGCGCACUUCUACAGCUUGUCAAGAAGCUUCAAACUUCUGUAUUACUAUUCAGAAACUACAGUAUUUUGCAAAAUGCUGUAGCUCUCGCGCAGCAUCAUGAUGCUAUCACUGGAACUGCACGUGAAAACGUAACGAGGGAUUAUGAACUUCGUCUUUCACGUGGUUGGGACGAAGCCCAGAAAAUAAUCAACGAUAUAUCUAAGAAAUUGAACGUAAAAUUGAAAGGAAUGCUACCUGAACAGCAGGUCAUCUGUCGUGACCUCAAUACAACUCAGUGCAAUGCAACCAAAUUCUAUCAAAAUAUCACUUUAACCGCAUAUAACUCGAAUUCUCAUCCGAUGAGUACUGUGCUAAGGAUUCCAAUCUAUUCUCGAUCAGUUGUUGUUCAAUCUUCAGAUAAUAAGCUGUUAAACAUUCAAAUUAAUAAAGCAUUCUAUAAUGAUGGACAGCUGAGAAAACCUUUAUCCGCUCCCUACGAAUUACUUAUACCAACAAAUAUUCCAGCAAUCGGUUUCACUACAUUAUUUAUUACUUCAAAAAAAGCUGAUAAAAAACUGGAAUAUGCCAGAAGUAGACUUGCAUACAGAAGUAGUAGCAGGAUGCAUAAAAUAAAAGCUUCUAAUACAAUUACGAUGACAAAUGAGUAUAUCGCAUUGACCUUUGACUCGUCAGGAGAAUUAAUAUCAAUUUUAAAUCGGAAAAAUGGAAAGCUCGCAAAGUUAAGACAAGAAUUCUUUCUAUAUCGUGGAAUGGGCUUCACAAAUGCUAAAAAUCAGUCUUCUGGAGCUUACAUUUUCAGACCAAAUGGUACCCAACCAGAACGAAUAGCAAAUAUUGCACAGAUCGAUUACAUUGAGGGUUUACUAAUCAAUGAGACGAGACAAGUUAUCACGCCAUGGAUAAGUCAAGUAAUCCGCUUGUAUUCUGGUAAGAAUUUCGUGGAAUUUGAAUGGACUAUUGGGCCAAUACCAAAAGAGUUUAAAAAUUCAGUUACUAAAGAAAUAGUCACUCGUUAUAUCACUGAAAUCAAUUCGGCAGGUAUAUUUUACACUGAUUCCAACGGAAGGCAAAUGAUCAAACGAACGAGAAAUCAAUAUCCCUCAUUUCCUUUUGUGGAUACAGAACAAGUAGCAGGAAAUUAUUACCCCAUAAAUGAUCGAAUAUUUAUUCGAGAUUCAGAAAAUCAAUUAACUAUUUUCACUGAUCGUUCCCAGGGUGGCAGCAGUCUAAACGACGGAGAAAUCGAAAUAAUGCUACAUCGGCGGUCAUUUUACGAUGACAAUUUUGGUGUUGGGGAAGCACUCGAUGAACCAGGAGAUACCGGAAAAGGUCUGGUAGUUCGCGGGCGUCAUUGGUUGAUGCUUAAUAAUGUACAAGAUUCAACACUUUAUCGAACAUUCGCUACGGAACUAUAUCAUUCACCUUUGAUAACAACUGCAGAACGGAAAAUAGCACCAGAAGAUUAUAGCCGAACUUUUGUGUGUGAGUAUUCCGCGUUGGAGCAGUCUCUGCCAGAAGUAAUCAAUAUUAUAUCCAUGGAUUUAGUAGCUCCACAACGAAUGGUUAUUCGUUUCGAGCAUAUUUUACAAAGCAACGAUGAUGUAAAUUUAUCAAAACCUAUUGAAGUCGAUCUCAAUGUAAGGGAAUGUUUAACGGAUUUGAGGUUGUUUCCAUUAGAGAACUCAAUCUUGCAGCAGUGA